AUGGGUGAGCCGUUAGAGGGGGUCAAGAACUAUCGCAAGCCGCGGCGGAGGCCGGCACAUCUGCGCACCAAGACUGGCUGUCUGACAUGUCGCCAAAGAAAGAAAAAGUGUGACGAGAAUCCUGUUGUCUGCCACAACUGCGUUAGAAGGAAGAUCGACUGCAUCUGGCCUGCGAAACCAGAUUCGACGUCCAACGUGCCAAGCCCGAGUGCAGGUCUGAGUAUCACCCCCGAGUCCGCUCACAGUGACCGUGAUGGACUCCGAACUACUGGAGAUGAAGACGAGAAGAUAUACCCCUACAUAUCACCCACCUCGGCGUCGCUCUCGCCCGUAUCGGCCAUCCGUGGCGUGGAGGGGGAUGACGGCGACGACGACGACGAGCUUCCCCUGGUAGUGUCUCCUCAACUCACCACUUUCUCCUUAAACACAAGAAUACACAGCCCUCCUCUAUUCGACUACAUGCGGAGGGUGUUUGUUCCGCAGCUUGUUCGACCUGCGACCGACGGCCAAUACAUCAAAGAUUUUACGAGCGGGAGUCUUCAGGUUGCCAACCACAUCCCGUUCUUCAUGGAGGCUCUAUUGGCCUGUUCUGCCGCUGAGAUCAAAGAAAACGACCCUUUCCAUCGUACGUUAGCUGAAACGCACUAUAUCAAAGCUAUAGGAGGCAUGCGAGCCUACCUCGCCCAGGACCAGUCUCCACUCGCAGAAAUCAUCGCUUUACGCACUGUUCUCGUUCUAUGCAUCUAUGAGAGGACACGGCUGCACCACUCUGAAGGCGUGUCUACCCAUCUGUAUGGUGCCGCCGCACUACUCAAGUCAUGCUGGAAGCGAAUGGAGGUAUCAAGGAGCAUGCCAGCUGACUGGACCGCCACCAGCAUUCUCACCCUGGAAUCUUUUAUGUUCCAUGUGGCCACAAGCAUCCCUUUUCAAUACCCGUUUCCGACAUCGUCAGCCCUCGUGGAUGAAGCCUUUCUGAAUGCCCAGCUUAUGUUGGAACGUCUCUGGCUGGAAAACGCGGUGGACUAUCCGCAUUCUCCGGUCCUCGGCGCACCCCCGAUGCUGUUUUCGUACGUGCGUCAGGUUGCGUUAAUGUAUUCACAAUAUCGCGCUCAAAGAUUUGAUGUGCGAGAAUGUCAUCGCUUGGACCACGAUCUGAGACGGUGGAGUGAUGAGAAUAUUCCCGACUCAGACACUGUCAAUAUAGUCGGUGCCGCCGAUACCGCCGACACAAGUCUGUCCCUGUCUUUGCUCACUGAUCCGCAGAAUGCCAGCCAAUCUUUCUUUGGUCCAAAACUCUAUUCCCUCGCUGCGAGGCUCCUCCUGAAGUAUAUGAUAGCACAUUCCUCGGGACUGCGCGGCCAACAUCUCUCACAACACCUCUCGAGCUUGCUUUCAGAGUUCAUGCUUCUUGUUCGCUUCAUUGAGCCGGCCGUGGAUUACUUUGCAGAAUACUAUGCCUGGCCGUUCUACUGCUUGGGGGUCUGCAUUAACGAUGCACAAACCCAAGACCUGCUAAUGAACAAGAUCAUGGCAUUUUGGAAGAUGACGAGGAAUGGGACAAUGCGACGCUUGGCGGAUAUCCUGACACAAGACUGGAACGCUCUGUCUAAUGAUACCGGCUGA